AUGCAUGCUUCAAGAGCUUACCUGUUAUCCAGACACUCGAAUACACGCAGUGACAAAUACGGUGGUUCUGUCCAGAAUCGCUGCCGUUUCCCGCUCGAAGUACUCGAUGCCAUCAUUGAGGUCUGGGGCUCUCGAGCAGUUGGGAUCAAGAUCUGCCCUACAGAUGACUAUAAUGACACCAUGAUCUUAUACGAAGAAAUGAAAGAGACUUACGCAUACUUUAUCAAGGAGCUAAUGUGUCGUAAUCUCGCUUUUAUCAACUUAUCGCGUCGAGGCUGUGAUGUGGGGCGGGAAACCGAUGAUUAUUUCAGGUCCCGACCCAGGCCUCAAGGGAAAGAAUUGCCUCCAAAGUACGAGCCUCUGACGAACUUUGGCGCUCUCAUCAAGUAUCCUGGAAGUCGCACUAUGCUCAUGAUGAACCACGAGUACACGGAUCUCAUAAGCCGGAUUAAGAAAGGUGUCCCUCUUGCCUCGAUCACUCGCGGUGGUAAAGUCAACUAUGGACCAUCUCAGGAUCCCAAUGAGAAUUACAAUGAUUGGCCGACAUUUGGAAGGGAGGGUGAGGUUAUUGCCGGUUAGACAACCUGCUCCCAGUUCACGGAGGUGCGUCGGAGAACGGUGAUUAAAAUCAUCGCAUGCUACAACCUAGAUAACAGCCAAGGAGAAGAAAGGGAGUUGUCUAAACACAAAUACCAGCACCUUCA